AUGAAGUUUAUAACCGUUGAAGUUGACACCGUUCGAAGUAUCAAUCUCCAUACAUAUAACAGCCUCCAAUUCUUUUACAAGAGUGCUUCAGGUGAACCAUUGGGGUGUACUUUACCUGCAAUAUGGGGUAAGUUGGCCACAUCUUCAAGUUUUCACCAGAGGACUGAAAUGAUACAGGAAUUCAACAGAUCUAAUAAAUGGGGGAAACGAGGGAUUUCACGUGUGCCGGUUACUCAAGAAGUGAAUGUGAGGCCAACCCCUGGGAAAGUAAGCAACCUAAGAGAUGGAUCCAUUGUUGUUGAAGUUGGAAGGGUUGAUAUGGGUCAGGGUCUAUGGACCAAAGUGAAACAAGUGGCUGCAUAUGGUCUUGGUUUGAUCAAACGUGAUGGCACUGAAGAGCUUUUGGAGAAAGUAAGAGUCAUUCAAUCCAAUACUUUGAGUUUGAUUCAAGGGGGUAUCACUGGUGGUAGCACCACGUCGGAAUCGAGCUGUGAAGCAGUUAGACUUUGCUGCAGCAUCUUGGUUGAGAGGCUUACAGCUCUUAAGGAAAAGUUGAUUGAACAAACGGGAACUCUUGAAUGGGAGACAUUGAUUCUUCAGAUGAAAUCUUCUCUCCAAUUGAACCAAUCGUCGAGCCGUAAACUGGAUCCCCUACAGCUUCAUUUCCGGGUCCGAUUUCUAGAAUACUACCUAUGGUAUCCUUUUUGUUUCACUAUUUUCAUCUCUCAUGCAAUGCACGCAUAUCAAACUUCUGUGAACUUAUCUGCAUGUACACUUUUUAUACCUGAGCCUGCUUCAAUGCAUUACCUAAACUAUGGUGCAGCAGUGAGUGAGAUUGUACUAAUUGAUUUCAUAUUUACUAAUGGUGAAGAUGUGGCAUUGCAGGUGGAAAUAGAAGGAUCUUAUGUUCAAGGAAUUGGAUUCUUUAUGUUUGAAGAAUAUCCAACAAACUCAGAUGGAUUAGUGACCGCAAAUGGAACAUGGAGUUAUAAAGUCCCUACACUGGACACCAUUCCCAAACAAUUCAAUGUCGAAAUCCUCAACAGCAGACGUCAUCAGAAACGUUUGCUUUCUUCAAAAGCAUCCGGUGAGCCGCAGUUAAUUCUGGCGGUUUCAGUUCCCUGUGCUACAAGGGCGGCCAUAGUUGAAGCCAGAAGGCAACUUGGUUCAUGGAAUGGCGUUGUCGAAUCUAAUUCAACAGCAUUCCAGUUGGAGGUUCCAGCCAUCAUGCCGGUUGUGAAAGAGUGGUGCGGGCUCGACAGCGUCGAGAAGUUCUUGCAGUGGACAAUGGGCACAAAGUGA